AUGUCCUCGAUAACGACCAACGAAGAAGAAGAGAAGAGGCUCAUCUGGGAGCUCGAGGAGCGAAGGAUAACUGUUCAGAAGUGGGAGCGCGAUAUCGCCAACAUUGAGCUGCUCGAUGGAAAAUAUCCCAAGCCCGCCCUGUUCAACAGCUUCAUAUAUCUAAAAAGGGAUAACAUCGUCGGCCACGAGUCGGUCGUACUCUCCUCAACGGACGUCCGACGUGCCAGGGCGGUUGCUGAACGGAGCUUCUCUGGGAUCGUACUGGUUGAGUACGUCCAGAAGGUUCAGGAUCCCAUAGAGCGCGAACAGGCAGAGAGAAUUCGCCAAGGCGUCGACGAUGCCUUCAUCGCGGCCGUGAACGAAGUGAACGGGAUGGAGCCCGCGACCUCGGGUUUCUCAUGCUCCGUGGUAUCCGAUAUAUCCGAACUCCCAUCGUCGAGCGGAUCGAACCCAUUGGACUACUCCAAGUCCUCUACAUCAAUCUUGCCUGCAGUGGCGACUGCGCGGCACCCAGCCCUCGACACCGUCAAGAUAAUAAGCAAGAGCGAAACGGCAUGGGCGAGAGCGAACGAAGGAAAGGUGGUGAAAACGAUCAGAGUCCCAAACGGCGUCCCAUCAGGUGUCGUAGCGCGGCUCCUAGUGGCCAUCGCUGAAGAAAAGCCUACAUAUAGCAUAACGGGCGCACAAUGCUACUACCUCACGGGGACCUUCAUGCGGCUCCUCGAGAGGCUCUACCCCGAUGCCGAAGUGGUGGAUGGAGAAGCGGCGGCGCGGGAUAGGCUUGCUAGAGAGCGUGCCCCCUACGAGGAGCUGGAGAGCAUAAGGGCGGAGAGGGACAAGCUGAAGCAGCAGGCCCGCAACGAAGACCUCAGGAUAGCGGAGACGAUAGGCGAGAUGCAGCAGGCCCACGAGACAGAAAUAGCGAACGUCAACGCCCGCAUGGAAGAGCUCUUACGUGAGGCACAGCAGAGACACGAGCGAGAGAUGGAAAGCCUCAAGGCGCAUGUGGACAGGCUCACGCACGAGAUGCAGCAGCCUCGCCGCGACGGUUAG